UUGGACAUGAUAUUAUUGUUUUAUACAAAAUAUGAAAGCCAACAAUAAAAAGUGAGUGGUAGCAGCUACAAAUUGCUAUUAUUUUAAGAAAUUGCAAUAUUGAAGACGAGUAUAAAUCAAAACUAAGGUUUAGAGAUGUAGUACUGGUCAAGUUGAAAAGUGUUUUGCUUCCAAACACCUUUCUGCAGUUUCAUCUUCUCUUAUUGAUUUUGGAUAUGAAGCAAAAACUGAGAUAAACAUGUGCACUGGUGGUGAAUCUGGAGGAACUGUAGAAGGUAAGCCCGUGAGCAAGUCAAAGGUUGGCCAUGAGAAGCAGUGAAGAAGGCAGGGAAGGAACAAGAAACUGUUGUUGUGGCAGGUUUUUUCAUGACCUUCCUCAACAGUUACACAACCUUCUCAAGGAACUUUUCCCUACCCUUUCUCUCUCUGAGGUGAAAGAGGAGUUUAAAUCACUGGCGAACAUUGCAUGUCCAAUAAUGGUGACGAACGUGCUUCUGUACUCACGAUCUGCCAUUUCGAUGCUGUUCUUGGGUCGGCAAGGGAAAGUUGAGCUAGCUGGAGGAGCACUUGCAAUAGGGUUUGCCAACAUCACUGCAAAUUCAUUCCUCAAGGGUCUUACUAUGGGAAUGGACCCAAUUUGUUGCCAAGCAUAUGGAGCAAAAAGAUGGUCAGUUCUAAGCCAAACCUUUUUCAAAACCUUGUGUCUUCUCUUCCUUGUUGCCAUCCCCAUUUCACUACUAUGGCUAAACAUGGCCCCCCUCCUACACUGGCUAGGCCAAGACCCUGAAGUCACACAGGUUGCACAAGUUUACAUGCUCUUCUCCAUCCCAGAACUGCUUGCCCAAGUUCAUCUCAAUCCAUUGAGGUCCUUCUUGAGAACACAAGGCUUAACAGCUCCACUAACCGUAGCUGCGUCUUUUGCUGCCAUUUUACACCUUCCAAUAAAUUACUUCUUUGCUACAUAUUUGAAAUUGGGAGUGAAAGGCAUUGCACUAGCCACUGGUUUGAACUCCAUAAACAUGAUCCUAGGCUUAGUGCUUUAUCUUCUCGUGUCAGAGAAACCUCUUAAACCUUGGGAAGGUGCCACUAUUCUCUCUUCUUUUCGUGAUUGGAGACCGUUGCUUACUCUAGCAUUGCCAAGUUGCAUCUCAGUGUGCUUGGAGUGGUGGUGUUAUGAGAUAAUGCUCUUCCUAUGUGGCUUGUUGAGUAAUCCACAAACCACUGUUGCUACCAUGGGUGUUCUCAUUCAAACAACUGGGUUCCUAUAUGUAUUCCCAUUUUCAUUGAGUGCUGCCUUGACAACACAAAUCGGUCACUCACUAGGUGCAGGGCAACCCUUACGUGCACAAAGUACAGCCACAAUAGGACUUUUCAUAGCAUUUGCAUCAGGGGUCUCAGCCUUUGUUUUCUUGAUGUUUGUGAGGAAAGUGUGGGGGAAACUCUUCACAACUGAGACACAAAUUGUUGAUAUGGUCACAACCAUACUUCCAAUUUUGGGGUUGUGUGAGAUUGGUAACUGGCCUCAAACUGCUGCAUAUGGGAUCUUAUCAGGGACUGCACGCCCUUAUGUGGGUGCAAGAAUAAACCUGUUUGCAUUUUACUUAAUAGGGUUGCCAGUUGCAGCUGCUUUCAUGCACAGAUACCAGCUGAGGGGUUUGUGGUUUGGCAUGUUGGCUGCCCAAAUUUCAUGUUUUGGUAUGAUGCUUUACACAUUGAUUCAAACAGAUUGGGGGCAUCAAAGUAAAAGAGCUGAGCAACUAGCUCUAAGAACAGAUGAUGAGGAAAAUGUAAAUGAUGAUGGGGAAUGUGGACUCCUUAAUUCUGAUUUAUGAGAUAUUUAAAUCAAUUUUGCAUAGUCAUAGUCACUGGUACAUGACCGCCUUUCCAAAACCUUGCGUUAUUGAGAUUUUCUAAUCAUUCCUCACGAGUCACUACAACAU